CGAUGAAUUGUCCAUAAUUAAAGAGGCGAAGAAGAAGAAAUCGCACAGUCGUACACUUCCGGGGUGGAAUUAUUGAUAACAACAUUUUUAAGUACUUUGCGAGGUUAUAAAUGAAAAUGUGUUGAAUGCAAAGGACUCUUUAACAUACCCGCGUCAGCUGGCGCCCAAUCCAAGCCAACGGAGAAUUAAAGAACCCCCCAGAAUGCAGACUCCUGCAAGAAAUGCAGUUUUGCAAAGAUCCGGCGCUCGUACCCCGGACCAGGAUGCCGACUCCCCGCUGCCCCCCCUCAGCGAGCGCCUGGCCCAGCUGCGGCCCUCCAGGGAGCUGCUGGAGUUCUACCGGCUGAAGGUCACCCAGUUCGAUGGGGAGCAGGAGGCGCUGCUGCAGACGCUGGAGAAGUACCGGGACAUAUCGGAGGACCAGCAUAAACUACAGUGGGAGGUGCGACAGCGCGAAGGAGAGGUGGCAGAGCUGCAGAAGGCCCUCAGUGACAUGCAGGUGUACCUGUACCAGGAGCGAGAACAGUCCCUCAGACUCUACGCAGAGAACGACCGGCUGAAGAUCAGAGAGCUGGAGGACAGGAAGAAGAUCCAGCAUCUGUUGGCUCUGGUGGGUCCGGAUGUGGGAGAGAUUACGUACUUCCACCGAGAACCGCCGCAUAAGGUCACCAUCCCUCAGAAGAAGCCGGACGGCCGGUCCGAUGACCAUCUGAACCUCCGGCCCGCCCAGAAGAGACCUGGCGCAGCUAAAGAGGGCAGCAGAAAAACCAGAUCAUCGGAUGGUGGAAAUGGGGAAAACUUGGAGCAAUACAGGUCGGACAACCAGACGCUGUUACUGCAGGUGGAGGCGCUGCAGGCCCAGAUGGAGGAGCAGGCCCGGCUGGCUAAAGAGCAGGUGGAGUCUCUGCUGGAGGACCGCAGGAUCCAGGUGGACGAGGGCCAGGUGCAGCGCCGGAGAGACGAGCAGCGCAUUGCAGAUCUGACCGACAAGCUCCAGCGAACCCAGAACCUGCUGUACGAGAGCACGCGCGACUUCCUCCAGCUCAAGUUCGAGACGCGGGGCCACGAGAAGAGCUGGAUGGCAGAGAAGGACCGCCUGCUGAGGGACCUGGACGGCUGCCAGGAGCGUCUGAGGAAGGGCCGGACCGGGACGGACGACCAGGCCGGGGCGCGACGGGCCCGCCAGUCCGGCGGCCUCGGUUCAUCCCUGCCGCGGUCACAGACCACAGAACCACAGGCCCAGCAGAACCUCGGAGAGGAUCGCAAGGCCCUGCAGGAGGAUCUGAAGCAAGCUCACCGCCUAGCUGAGAUGUACAGGGAGCAGUGCGUCACCAUGGAGACGGAGCUGUCCCAGAUUAGGGAGGAGGGCGACGUGGGCAGGGAGAUAUUCAAAGAGCGGUCGGAGAAGAUGGCCAAACGCCUGCAGUUGAUGACUCAGCGAUACGAGGCCCUGGAGAAGAGGAGGUCCAUGGAGGCCCAGGGCUUCAAGGCAGACCUCAAACUCCUCAGACGGAAACUGAAAGACGUGGAGACGCAGCUCCUUAAGGUGACGCUCAGCGUGGGCCCAAACCAGGACUUAGCCAUUCUGCACGAGGUGAAGCAGACUAAUUCCCGCACCAAGAAGGUUCAGGAAGAACUGCUGGCCCUAAAACGCCAGAUAUUUGGGCUAGAAAACGAGCUCCGGUUCUGCUGAGAUUUGAUUUGAUUUACUGGAGUCAAUGUGUACUUAUCAAAAUGUAUUUAUUUAUAAAAGUUAUUUUGAAUACAA